AUGAAUUUUCUGUCUUCACCAUUAGUUAUACACGCUCACCUUCACCUUUUCUUUAUUCAGUUUAGUUAUAGUAUGAAUCCACGAUUCAGGUUUAUACUGAGAUACUACUCUUCAAAAAAACCAACCUUUCACGUCACCCCUCCUGAAUCUAUAGCAAACGCAAACGCAAACGCAGUGCGCACUAGCAACAGUCCAGGCAAGAGUAAACAUAAAGGCAAAUUGUUGAUACUCGUAGGAAGUUUAGCACUCGUGACAUCCGUGAUUUCGGUAAACUAUCAGAAGAACAAACCAAUUGAAUUUCUUGAAUAA